UCAUGUAUGCAUCCGUUCCGCAAGAUCAUUUUAAUACAUGGGUUAAAAAAUUGAAGUAGAUCCAAAUCCUAAGUGGACCAUACUACAUGAAACAGUGGCAAAUGACCAUUAAAAUUUUAUGGGUGGUCCACUACUUUAGAUGAAGCUGAUAUUUGUGUUUUCCUUUGGUAGAGGUCUAUGGGACCUUGUUAGGUUGGAUGGCAAAUAAACAAGGUCGACCCUAUAUGAAGUUGUUAAUGGUCAGCGUUCAAUGUUCACUGUUACUGUGGUGUGGUCCACUUGAGAUUUGGAUUUGCUUUAUUUGUGGGCCAUACACUAAAAUAGAUGGAAAACGGAUGGACGGCGGCAUAUACAACACACACAUCGAGGUGGGCCCCACGGUCACGACCUGACUGAAUCCGUGCGCAGUCUAGUCGGCUCCACCUAAGGCAUGGCGCUGAUCUCGCACACGUGUGUGACACGACUCACCUCUUCGAUCUCUCUGCCCAUUCUCUCCCACCAAUCCCAUAAACCCUAAAAAAAAUAAGUCUCUGCUUCUCUUUCUGUCUCUGCUCGUGAAAUCGCUGCUCGGUCUGCAUUUUCGAGAGAGAGAGAGAGAGAGAGAGAGAGAGAGAGAGGAGAUGGAGAGAUUCAAGCAAGGUCUGCGGUCGCUGGCGGAGGAAGGAGGUUCGAACAGCAGCUCUUUCAGAGGCUCUGAGUUCUCAUCUGGUCAGACUCAGGUCGUCGUUCGCAGAGCUCACGGGCAAGUGGUUUCACUGUGGACUUGUUCGAAGGUGUGCGCCAUCAGCUUCGCUGUUGGUGUUGUUGUGGGCUUCACGCUAAAGCGACGUCUCAGGCGAUGGGCCACCAAACUGCUCAAACGAUGGAAGGAUGAUUGAAAUCCAGCCUCCUACUGAUGUCAUCAAUCGUCUCAUCAUGGUUGUCCGUCGGCAAGUCAUUCAUCUCCCUUAAUCAAGCUACCACUGUAAUCUUUUUCUUCGGCUGGCCUUCACUCUACCCAAUAGAGCUCUUCCAAAUGUGUGUGCAUUGGGGGAGCUUUUGGGCUACGUUGGCAUUUUGGACGGAUUCUUUUGUUGUUAUGCUUUUGCAGUUGACAAGGACAGCCAUAUACUAGAAUUCUCAAAUUGAUAAUGUGGGCCAUCACUCUACCCAAUGGAGCUCUUCCCAAUUUGUGGAGCUUUUGGGCUACCAUGGCUUUUCAGAUGGAUCGACACACCGAAUCUUUUGUUGUUAUGCUUUUGCGGUUGACAAGGACAGCCAUAUACUUGGAUUCUCAAAUUGAUAAUGAGAUUUGCGGUAAAGGAACAUAACCUUUCUUUUUUUCUUUCAUGGGAAAGCAUUGUAACUACUAUUAUUUCAAGUUGUUUGUGGCCCA